GUGGAAUAUCAUUGAACAGUUUCGAGUCUGGUGAGAGUUUGUGUGUCCCACCCCCAAGAGACGGACCACCAGUGACCAGUUUGUGGUCAGGAUUAGAAUUGUCUCUGAAUCAUCCAAAACUUGUAGUGCCAAUCAAAUUGUGGGAAAUCAUGCCAAAUAGUUCGUUGGAAGUCAUUGAAAGUUGGUGCCCAUUAUUUCCUUCAGUGUCUUCUCUAUCAUGAGUUGUGGAGGAUUAGUGAUGUACCACUCAAACAAUUCCGGCCCGUAUCCCUCGUACUUAUCAUCGCCCCCGGUUGGAACAGCCACAUCCUCAGCCUCGAACAAUUUGAUCGCCGCCUCCCAUGAGGAGCAGAAUUACAAUUCCUCUGUUCCACUUGCUCUCGCUUCGACCACACCCAACCCAUCCAACGGCAAUGACGGAUACAACGAAAAAGUAGACAAAUAUUUAAAGCCCGACCCUUGUGCGUCGCCCGCCGUGCCCUCGGCCUCAGCCUCACCCAUUAACCAGACCUCCAAUCCGCCACCACAACCACCUCCUCCUUCACAUCACCAGAUCCAGUCCUUGGAUUACUCGGCAGCCACGGCCGCCUCUCCCAACCGCAACAACACCCAGCAACACCCGAACCCGCUCCUGCCGCCUCAAAUCCACUUGGGUCACCACUACUCCUCGGAAAUGGACCGGGGCGUAAGCGGUGCCGGGGCCGCCUAUCCCAUGGGUGGAGCUCCCAUGGGUCAUCGUGGUGGCGGUGGUGGUUCAAUCGACGAAAAUGGCGGAUACGUGCCCGUUAUUGGAGCCCCACCCGCCCUCCAAAGACUGCCCCCCAGUUGCAAUGACCACACGUCCGUGACUAGCCGGCAUCACACCCCCACUAGUGUUAAUAACGAGAGCUCACCCAGUGAUAUGAGUAAAGGUGAUGACAUGAGUGGGAGUGGGGGAACAGCCCGCGGGGGAGAGGCCCCCGAAGGCAGUGCCACCUACAUCACGGAGCGAUGCUUACUAGUGACUUACUUUACUGGAGACAUCUCCCAAGUGGUGGAUGAACAUUUUAGUCGUGCCCUCAGUGCAAACAGUCAAUCGUCAGAUAGCCAUCACAAAGAUUCGUCUUCAACUAGCUCCAUACCAUUAUCUCAACGGAAUCUUCCAGCUUCAUUUUGGAACAGUGAUUACCAUUAUUCCUCAUCGGCGGCACUGUCGUCUCAAUUAGCCGCAGCCGGUCAUGCCGCAUUGGCCGCGGGACAUGCGGACAUUUACGAUCCGUACACCAAUUCGGCUCUCCUUCAAGCUUCGAAUGACCCCUGGCAAAACUACAUGGCGGCAGCGGCCAGUGGGUCCGCUUAUUCGGCCGCUCAUCGAGCUGCGGGCAUGCACGACAUGUACUCAGCCCGCUUGAACCAACAAUACUCAUCCCUAUUCCUUCAGAGCUCCGCUGCGGCAGUGCGUCAAGGGAGGAAGGACAGUUGGGGAGGGGGAGGACACGGAGCGGCCAUCGAUGGGUACGGUUCCACUCACCCGCAUUACAAUGCCAUGACUGGUCUGGAAGGCACCAUGCAAGGCUCCUCAAAAGAUCUCUACUGGUUCUAGGACGAAUUCGCGAAGUCUGUUUGCUUCUUUUGAUGGGACCGUUGGCAAAUCGGUCGGAAUUCUAUUUGUAACAACAGUCCAAACUCAUCACGCCACCAAAGGUUUCCUCCCUUCGUUUUCUUGUUGAUUAUAAUUUAUAUUUUUAUGAUCUGGAAAUACAUCGCCAUUUCUGUCAGUCA